CUCAACACAUUAUAGUAGUUACUUGCAAGUUUGCCAUAUCAGUUUACAUCAACUAAUGUUCGGCUUUCCUUGUAACUCAUUUUCCUCUGCUAAUGUUAGAAACUACUAAACUUUAUUGUCUGCUUCAGAUUUGGAACUUGUGAUUCUUUAUCCUCACUUAUUAUUGUUGUUGCUCUCUCCAUCAUAUAUGGAAGCUGCUACAAAAUUACAUAUCUUCAAUCUCUAUUUUUGAUAUCUGUCUUGCUCUUUCAAAACCCUUCACUCUCUAGUUAACUCUUGCCUUGAUACAGAUUGAGAAGCUGUGUUUUUCAGAACCCAGUUGUUGUCUGUUGUUCUUGUUUUUCAGAGUCAGAAGGAUGAAGAAAGUGGGUGGUUAAGAUGUCAUGGAAACAAGUGGCUAUUAUUUAAGUGAAAAAAAAGGAUCCACUGUUCAAAUGUGAAAAGGAUAUAUUUAUACAUAUACAAAUAUGUGUGUAUAUAUAUAGUUGUGUGUGCAGAAUCUGCAGAUGAUGUCAGAAUACGCUAUGGGGUCAUAGCUGAAAAACCCCAUAUGUUUCUCAUGUGAAUCACCCUGAAUUUAUGAUCCAUCUUGAUUUAGAAAAGAAAUAUAUAUAUAUAUAUAUAUAUUGAUCUUUUUAGAGGUGUGAUAGGUGAUUAUUGAUCUGGGUUUUUAGUGAAAAGAAUGAAAGUUUUAGAAUAAUCAGAACAACAAUAGGGAAGAAAAGCUUUCAAUUCUAUUGAAUUUGGUGUUGAUGGAAGCUCCGGCGAGGCAGCAGAGCUUCCGUAGGAAGAAGAUUGUGAAGCAGCUGACCGGAAAACGAGACGACACACCGUUGCAUUCAGCUGCAAGGGCGGGGAAUUUGGAAGUUGCUUUGGAAAUACUCACUAAUAGUGGUGAGGAAGAGUUGAAGGAAUUGUUGUCCAAGCAAAACCGAUCCGGCGAAACUGCCCUCUAUGUUGCUGCUGAAUAUGGUUAUGUUGAUUUGGUGAAGGAGAUGAUACAGUUUCACGAUAUCGGGUCGGCUGGAAUCAAAGCUACAAAUCAUUAUGAUGCCUUUCACAUUGCUGCCAAGCAAGGGGAUUUGGAGAUAUUGAAGGUCCUCAUGGAGGCGUUUCAUGAACUUUCAAUGACGUCGGAUCAAACAAACACCACAGCAUUGCAUACAGCUGCUACACAAGGCCAUGUUGAAGUGGUGAAUUUCCUCUUGGAGAAAAACAGCAACCUAGCAACCAUAGCAAAAAGCAACUCAAAAACUGCUCUGCAUUCUUCUGCAAGGAAUGGGCAUUUGGAUGUUGUAAGGGCCCUUUUGAGCAAAGAAUUAGGAAUAGCAACGAGGAUAGAUAGGAAGGGGCAAACAGCUCUUCAUAUGGCAGUUAAGGGGCAGAGUAUUGAGGUGGUUGAUGAGCUUAUUGAGUCAGAUGCUGCUCUAAUUAACAUGGUUGACAGCAAGGGCAACACUGCACUCCAUAUAGCAGCCCGGAAGGGUCGUGCACCGAUUGUUCGGGCACUACUUACUCACAAUGGGAUCAAUAAAGAAGCCAUUAACAAAUCCGGAGAAACUGCUCUUGACACUGCUGAAAAAACUGGACACCCAGAGGUUGCAACUAUUCUACAGGAGCAUGGAGUCCAGAGUGCAAAAUCCCUGAAGCCACAACCGACAAAUCCUGCCAGGGAACUGAAACAAACAGUAAGUGACAUAAAGCAUGAGGUUCACAACCAGCUUGAGCACACACGCCGAACACGAAAGAGUGUCCGAGGUAUAGCCAAGCAGGUCAACAAAAUGCAUGAGGAAGGGCUAAACAAUGCCAUCACCUCCACCACAGUUGUUUCCGUUCUCAUAGCCACCGUUACUUUCGCUGCAAUUUUUACUGUCCCUGGCCAGUAUGUUGACGACCCUAAUAAUGUUCCACCUGGACUGUCUGUCGGAGAAGCAAACAUUGCUCCAAAUCCCUCUUUUAUGGUUUUUUUCAUAUCCGACUCACUUGCACUCUUCAUAUCUUUGGCUGUUGUGGUGGUUCAGACAUCGGUUGUAGCUGUAGAGAGAAAGGCAAAGAAGCAAAUGAUGGCAGUUAUUAACAAGCUAAUGUGGUUGGCUUGUGUGUUUGUGGCAGUUGCUUUUCUUUCACUAUCGUAUAUCAUUGUGGGAGGUCAUGAGAAGUGGUUGGCAGUUGGAGUGACAGUUAUAGGGACAGUGAUCUUGGUUACGACAUUGGGGAUAUUAUGCUAUUGGGUAAUUAUGCACCGGAUUGAGGAUUCGAAUUUGAGUCGCAUUCGCAGGUCGGCAAGGAGUAGCAAGUCGCAGUCGGGGUCUAUGUCAGUGAGGUCAGAGUCAGAGGUAGAGAAUGACUAUAAGAAAUUCUAUGCAAUUUGAGUUUGAAAUGCCAUGCAUCCUUUUUCCCCCUCAAUUGGCAUUUCUGAUUUCUUCCCUUUUAACUUGUUAAUAGUUUCUCCCUUUGCAUGUAUAUACCAAUGUAAUAUAUAACAUCAUCCUUUCCACUUCUAUUAAAUAAAGUAGCUAGUAAUUGCUGUCCCAGGAAGAUGAACUGUGUAAGAGUGUGAUAAAUAGCAGAGAAUCAUAAUCUCUGUCUAAAAUGUAGCGAUUUUUCAUGGCUAUCUGGAUUUUAACAUGUGAUUCUCAGUAUAUUUGAAGUCUAUAUGAUUCGCGUAUUAGUUAAAUUUAUAUAA